CCGCCUUCCUACUUACUGUAUUCGAUGGAUCCGCGCCGCCUGAGUAUCGCCGACUUUCUCGGCAAGUACACCACAGGCAGCAGCAGAAAUCGCAACACUACGGACAUGUCCAAUCCUCCGCCGUCAUUGACUACGGUCUCCCCGAUAAGUCCAUCGCCCGAGGUGGCGCCGCCACUGAGUUGUUUCACAGACGACGUGGCGACGAUGCCAACCGCCAAGUUGCUGCAACACGGCGAGCAGUUCGCGAAGUACUUUUUGUCGCAGUGCGGGCGAGCACGACACGUGUCACGUCGGUUGAGGUACUCGACGUCGAACGGACGAGGCGAAGAGAAGGCCAAGGACGUAUACUGCAAGUACGACGCCGCGGCCAAGACGUACUCGGUGCACGCUGUCACAGAGAUCCAAGCAGGAUUGAAGGAAGUGUUGGAACUCCUAGCUGGGGACAUCGAUCCGACCUCAUCUCGGCACGGGUUCAACGUGUUUCUAUGGCGCGUGUUUGGGUCGGCGUUGGACUCGGCGACGAACCUUCGUUGCACCAAGGAGCGGCGGCGCAAGCGGCGCGUCCAGGACUGGAUAGGCGAGCCAGAGGAGUGUCCUGUCCCGACCACCGACAACAACGACGACGGCAGUGACGAUGAAGGCAGUGACGACGAUGUCUUUCUCACCAUGAAGAAGAUCAAGCAGUCAUACGAAGGUGCCGCCGUCAAGCAAACAACGUUUGUCCAGUCCAACUUCUUCCUCCGCAAGUCCAAAGCCGAGUGGCUUCUCCUAGACUACAUCCAGAAACGGUCCGACUCUUCCAUCGUCCGCGUCUUCAAGUCGGUCGAUAACACGACGUCGUACCCGCAGCUGCACCGCGGCAAGGUAAUUCCUCGGCACACCCGCAUCCUCUUUGGGUUCCACAUCGAAGAGCUGUCCUUCCACAACGGCGGCGUGUGCCGCGUGACGUUCUUCGGGUCUCACGAAGCCACCAAAGCCACCCACGCGAGCCACCGGCUUCUUCAAAAGCUUGGCGAGUCGCUGCACACGAUUGACCUGGCCGUCCUCCGCAGACGACUGGGGCACAAAGCGCAACUGUCCAAAGCGCUGCCACCCUCUGCCGCCCUGCUCGGGGACAUGUGCGUCCACUGCCGCAAGUUCACGAACGGGAUCGUGUGUCGGCUGUGCGCCGGCCACGUGUGCGCCGUCUGCUCGUCGAUUGAAGAGGUCGAAGCUGGCCUCCACAACGUGUUUGAGCUCCGUGUGUGUGGCCCGUGCGUCGAGCUCACCAAGCAGCGCCACCUCGCCAACAUGAAGCGACAGCAACGGCAGCAGCAGACACACCCGCCCUUGUAUGUGCACCCGAUCCGCGACACGUCGCCCCUGCUCGUGGUCGUGGGGCUGUCCCAGCGCGGGAUGUUCCGCAUCAGCGAGGCCACGCUGGAAGGGUCGUACCAUGACAUGCUGGAUGCCCUCCAAACAACACCUUCGUCUGACGACGACGCGGACGACAACAUGUCGUCCAAGUCACCUUGACAUAAUUUACAACACAAUCCCCGCUAGUACGAA